UACUUGUCGUCGCUCGAUCGACGGCCAUGCACGCGUACGACUAGGCACGCACGCCGGCACGCGCGCGCUACCCUACCUGCCAUGGCCGGGCUACUCCUCGUGGGGGUCUUGCUGGUACUAGGGUCCCGCCCCCGGCUCGCCGGUGGCGUGGGCAGCGGCGGCAUUCCGACGACGCUGGACGGGCCGUUCGCGCCGGUGACGCGGGCGUUCGACGGCGCGCUCCGGCAGGGCAGCGACGACGUGCCGCUCUCCGACCCGCGCCUGGCGCCGCGUGGCCUCCCGCCGGCGGGGCCCGAGCAGAUCGCGCUCGCCGCCUCCGCCGACGCCACCUCGGUCUGGGUGUCGUGGGUCACCGGCGUGGCGCAGGUCGGGUCCAACCUCGUCCCGCUCGACCCGUCCACCGCCCGCAGCGAGGUCUGGUACGGCGAGAGGCCCUGCCCCGUCGCCGCCGGCGACGUCUCCGGCUACCCGCACGUGGCGAGGGGGAAGGCGGAGGUGUACAGCCAGCUCUACCCCUACCCGGGCCUCCUCAACUACACCUCGGGAGUUAUCCACCACGUCCGCCUCCGCGGCCUCAGGCCGGCCACGCGCUACUACUACCGCUGCGGCGACAGCUCCGUCCACGGCGGCGCGGGCCUCAGCGACGAGCACUCCUUCGAGACGCUCCCCUCCGCCGCGGCGGGCGCGUACCCGCGCCGGGUGGCCGUGGUCGGGGACCUGGGGCUCACCGGCAACUCCACCUCCACCGUCGAACACCUCGCCCGGAACGACCCGUCGCUGGUGGUCAUGGUCGGCGACAUGACCUACGCCAACCAGUACCGCACCACCGGCGGCAGAGGCGUCCCCUGCUUCUCCUGCUCCUUCCCGGAUGCGCCGCUCCGGGAGUCCUACCAGCCGCGAUGGGAUGGCUGGGGAAGAUUCAUGGAGUCACUCACAUCAAGGAUCCCAAUGAUGGUUAUCGAAGGUAACCAUGAAAUCGAGCCACAAGGUCAUGGUGGCGCAGUGACCUUUGCAUCCUACUUGGCAAGAUUCGCUGUUCCGUCGGAGGAGUCUGGCUCUAACUCGAAGUUCUACUAUUCAUUCAAUGCCGGUGGAAUCCAUUUCAUCAUGCUCGGUGCCUACGUCGACUACAACCAGACAGGAGCUCAGUACUCAUGGUUGCAGAAGGAUUUGCGAAAGGUUGAUCGACGAGUCACCCCUUGGGUUGUGGCAGCUUGGCAUCCACCCUGGUAUAAUAGCUAUUCCUCACACUACCAGGAAUUUGAGUGCAUGAGGCAAUCAAUGGAGGGGCUCCUGUACCAACAUGGUGUGGACAUUGUCUUCUCAGGGCAUGUACAUGCAUAUGAGAGGAUGAACCGGGUGUUCAACUACGCAUUGGAUCCCUGUGGACCGGUUUACAUAACCAUUGGCGAUGGAGGGAACAUUGAGAAAAUCGACAUCGAUCAUGCCGAUGACCCUGGAAAGUGUCCCGGUCCCAGUGACAACCACCCUGAAUUUGGUGCAGUCUGCCAUCUGAACUUCACUUCAGGCCCUGCCAAGGGCAUGUUUUGCUGGGAUAGACAGCCGGAAUGGAGCGCGUUUAGGGAGAGCAGUUUCGGUCAUGGUAUACUAGAGGUGGUUAAUUCUACGUAUGCAUUGUGGACCUGGCACCGUAACCAGGAUGCAUAUGGAGAAGACAGCGUUGGGGAUCAAAUCUAUAUAGUUCGGCAACCGGACAAGUGCUCAUUGCAGCAGACUACCACUACGAGUGCGUCGUCGGAUAACACCUGUCCCUCGGAAGGAAAAUGCGCUUCUCCUAUGAGUAACAGCAGCAGAUCCGGUGCACCGAAAGUUAUUAGAAGUGGUGGCUAUCUCCUGUGGAAUGCUUCUGUAGUCAUAUGGAUGGUCUUGUUCAGCUUCGUCUUCAGGGGAGAUGCUUGCUCCCAUUCAUAACCUGGAUUGGUCACAGCUGCAUCAGGCAACAUGUACCAUAUUCUCUUGGAUUGUGAAGUGGCAAAGCUGACAGACUGGUUGUGUGCAGUGUAGGGGUUCAUAAUCAUUACUACUAUUGUUUGUUCAUAUACGCAAUCAGUGAAAUGGCAGAGAGAGCACCAAUCGAUAUAGAGCGUGGACCUAGCAUGCGGGUGGUGGGCCCUCAAGCCGAGGGCUAGUCCUAACUUUCCGGUGCUUGAGCAAAUCUAACAAUAUAAUCUCUUAUCCUGCUGUA